AUGUUUCUAAAUAAAGCCUUCAGUCGGUAUCUUGUUAGUGUCGGCAGUGGCUUUCAUAAGAGUAGCAGACAGCAACAGAAUAAUGAUAAUCUCAUCAAUGUUGGCUUGGGAGGUGUGCGAAACAUUACAAGCUCUUCUACACCACCUCUGCUAAACAGAAACAAAGGGCCAACUUAUAAUAAACAUCAACAACAGAAUCAACAGCAUGUUCAACAACAUCAACAUCAACAACAACAACAACAGAAUCAACAACAGCAGCAACAUAGUCAGCAACUUCAACAACAACAACAGCAACAACAACAACUUCAACAUAUAAUACAACAAAGACAACAAGAACACCAACAACAAAGAUUUCAACAGCAACAACAAGUACAACAACAACAAACAACAACAACAAAAUCAACAUUUUCAACAACAUUCACAAGAACAAUAUCUGCGGAAUCUUAA